AUGAACAGAGCAGAUUAUUUGGCUUUCCCAGCCAUUGUUGGGACCACUGGACAAUACAAUAACUUGAGAAAAAUGUGGGAUGGCCAACACUACAAAUACCACAUGGACAGAAUGCAGAAAACUAAACAAAUGGUUGACAACAAAGCCCCCAGCACAUAUCUGCAUUGUCAUCUAAAGAUGAAAAAGAUUCAGAUGGAGCAGGAGCGUCUGAUGGAGCUGGAGAGGGACAACCGCUUGCUGGUGUCCAGGAUCGCCCGCACCAUGGGCACCAAAGGAGGCCUGGACAACUGGAACAAGUACCAGCCCAAACCCAGUGUGAGCGCAGACCUAAGGAACAGGGAGCUGGUGAAGAUUUCUCUGGAGAACCAGGCCAUUCUAAAGAAGAUCAACAUGACUAAGUCAGUCUACGACCACAGGACAUGGCUGGACGACUUCAAAGUCACAAGAGGUUAUGUGAACAGACUGUUGAAGUACCCUGAACAGCCCAUACCGCCAAAGCAGCACAAGAUGCUGAACUUGGUCUAG